AACGUGUAUGGCGAGGGUAUCGUCAGACUCAACGGGUGGACGGUCGCGUGGGUAUCGACUUGGAGGUCGAGGUCGAGGUCGUUCGAAGUCGUUGAGCCUCCGCUAUCAUAACCCGAAUCCCAGAGAUGCUCGAAAGGAUGCAACAAACGAACCCUUGAAUGUGGUCUGGGGGUGUCGAUAAUGGGAUUGGGGGGAGGGAGAGGCGUGGAGUGUGUGUGGGUUCUGGGAGGUGUGCACAGAAAAGAAAGGGGAGAGCAAACAUGCGAGGUGUGAAGGGUGGUGUGCGAGGAAGAGAAGGACGGCGGACAUGGAAGAGACCUGGGCGGAUUGGGGGGGGGGGAGGGACGUGGACUUGGACUUGGGACUUGACCCGAGGACCGUGUCAAGUCAAAAAAGGACGGGACUGGAGGGAAAAGGCCAGAGAGCCCAGUGGCAGUGGCAAAAAAGAUUGCAGAAAGCCAAAGGGCGAUGGAAGAACAGUGAGGACCAGGAGGGGAACAGGGAAGGGGAAGCCUAAGGCAAAAGCUGAAAGACAAGAAAUUUUCUGUGGCGCGGGCCUUGAGAUUUCCUCAAGGUGCACCCGAACUAAUUUUUUUGGGCGCAGCAAAGAGCAAAGGGACGGGGCGGCGACAGCCAAACUCAAGGUAGAAUUGGAGCCUGAGGAGUCAAGACUCGAGGGGGAGGACCCACCCUCUCCUGCCCCCCUUGAAGGCUUUCAGCCAGCUGGCAUUGGCUGGAAAGUGAGACGGAACACGUGAUUUGACCGCAACGAUGAUGUCAUCAAGAACGAAC